AUGCGUUGCUCGAAGAACUUAUGUGACGUCGGCACGUCGCUGACGCUGGACGGCGCGCAGUGCAGAGACGUCGACGAGUGCGUCUGGCGGCCCUGCCUGCACUCCGGCACCUGCUAUAAUAAACCUGCUGGCUACGUGUGCGCGUGUGCCGCGGGCUACGCGGGUGCCAACUGCGAGCACCGCCUGCCGCGGGGGGCGGCGGGGGGGCGGGGGGCGGUAGUGGUGCUGCUGGCUGCCGGCGCUGUGCUCACGGCUGUGCUCACCGUGCUGAUGAUGGCGUUGGUGGUGUGGUAUGUCCGGCGCAGGAGACAAGGCAGGGGAACAAGCGCUGGUGACAACACCACGCAAAGAUCUUCAUCAUCUUUUGAAACUCUUCAGCUUCACUCACCCUCCAUGAAAUCGUCGGCAGAUUUGCUGUACAAGAUGGAGAACCCGUCGCAGAGAUCCGUCUCUGUGAUAAACUUGAGCUCUGCGGUGGCUGAAAGCAACACUAAGGUCGAUGACAUCUCAGCUCACGGAUGUCAUCAACAGAUUCUGACAUCGAAGGCCAUCAAUUUACCAGAGCGAGAUCACUGUAACAAAUUGGAUGUUCAAGAUGACUCUUGCAAAGCUCAUCUGCAGUUCGCGCCCUUUCAAACCCAGGCCUGUAAUCAACAUGACUUGCAAUCUUCAGGCGACUAUUGCCACGAAAGUCAAAAAUUCGAAAAAUCUGGAUUUUGUCCUUCGUCGCCAUGCAGGGAGUUCUGCAGAGUGCAAAGUCAAGUGUCGGGGCCAAAUUUCCUGCUAACUCGAGGAUCUGCAAUGCAGUCCCCGCUUGAUUGUGCGGAUGAGAGAAAUUUGCUGCCAUGUACAUGUGGUUUGCAAGACUUCAGUCCACAGCGGCGCUCCGGCAUUGCAGGAGUGGACGUGGUGCCGACUCCUUCAGCUGAGAUGUUUGCGGCCUCGCGGGUCAAUUCUGGCUCCUGAAAAUUUCAGACGUC